GAUGAUAGUAUCGUGCGGCAAGAGUGUCGCGAGGUCCAACAGCAGGAUCUGGAUACCUAUCUACCAUAACUUUGGUCCUGGUAACUGUGCCAGCGGUUAAUUGUCCCACGCCAAAGGGAGUGAUUUUUCAAAGGACAUCCUUGCCCUAAUACAUUCACAUUCACCAACUACCAUGGAUAGCCGUUCAGUCGCCAAGCACGUCGAGGACCCCGAGUAUGUUGCCCGCCCGCACAAGCUCUAUACCCUGGUGUUUCCAGUCGAUACUGCAACCAGCAAGGUGCUGCUGGGCAUGAAGAAGCGCGGGUUCGGCAAGGACAAGCUCAAUGGCUUUGGCGGCAAGGUCGAGCCCCACGAGACCAUCGAGCAGGGGGCGGUCCGCGAACUGCAGGAAGAGUCGGGUCUGACCGCCACGCAUAUCAAGAAAAUCGGCCUGCUGUUCUUCUACUUUGAAAACGACCCGGUCACCAUGGAGGUCCAUGUAUACCAGUCGGACCGGUACGAUGGCAGGCCAAUGGAGACCGAUGAGAUGCGGCCCGAGUGGUUUGGAGUGCACGAGAUGCCGUUCGAGAGGAUGUGGGCCGAUGACUCGCUUUGGUGGCCGUAUGCGCUUGAGAACAAGCGGUUUGUCGGCAGAUUCUGGUUCAAGGCGGACCAGGUCACGAUUACUCGCCAGGAGCUGAGGGAGGUGGACAGCUUGGAAUUCUAACAUUUUAGAUAAUAGCCAAGA